CCCAUAGACUCUCUAUGAUCCCCGACCGGAAGUGGCGAUGGUGUUGGCUACGUGGAAGUGGCUGACAGAGGAAGAUUGAACCUAAAGGCAGACCUUCUCCCCGAAGAGGAUGCUGACCAAGUUCGAGACCAAGUCUGCGCGCGUCAAAGGGCUGAGCUUCCACCCCAAGCGGCCCUGGAUCCUCACCAGCCUCCACAACGGCGUCAUCCAGCUCUGGGACUAUCGCAUGUGCACCCUCAUUGACAAAUUCGAUGAACAUGACGGCCCAGUCAGGGGUAUCGAUUUCCACAAGCAGCAGCCUCUCUUUGUGUCCGGAGGAGAUGACUACAAAAUUAAGGUCUGGAACUACAAGCUCCGUCGCUGCCUUUUCACCCUCUUGGGGCACCUGGACUACAUCCGCACCACCUUCUUCCAUCAUGAAUACCCCUGGAUCCUCAGUGCUUCCGACGAUCAGACGAUCCGGGUUUGGAACUGGCAGUCCAGGACUUGCGUUUGCGUGCUGACCGGACACAACCAUUACGUGAUGUGCGCCCAGUUCCACCCUUCGGAGGACCUCGUGGUGUCGGCCAGCUUGGACCAGACUGUGCGGGUUUGGGAUAUUUCUGGCCUAAGGAAAAAGAACCUCUCCCCUGGAGCUGUGGAGUCUGAUGUCCGAGGGAUCACCGGAGUAGAUCUUUUUGGUACAACAGAUGCGGUGGUGAAGCAUGUCCUCGAGGGACACGACCGAGGUGUGAACUGGGCUGCCUUCCAUCCCACCAUGCCUCUCAUUGUGUCUGGGGCCGAUGAUAGGCAAGUCAAGAUUUGGCGGAUGAAUGAAUCGAAAGCCUGGGAGGUGGACACCUGCCGCGGCCAUUACAACAACGUCUCCUGUGCCGUGUUCCACCCCCGCCAGGAGCUCAUCCUUAGCAACUCGGAGGACAAGAGCAUCCGCGUCUGGGAUAUGUCCAAGCGCACCGGUGUCCAGACUUUCCGCAGGGACCAUGACCGCUUUUGGGUGUUGGCGGCUCACCCUAACCUUAACCUCUUCGCUGCAGGCCAUGAUGGAGGCAUGAUUGUCUUCAAGCUGGAACGCGAGAGACCCGCCUACGCCGUUCAUGGCAACAUGCUCUACUAUGUGAAGGACCGCUUUCUCCGUCAGUUGGACUUCAACAGCUCCAAAGAUGUCGCGGUGAUGCAGCUGAGAAGUGGCUCCAAGUUCCCUGUGUUCAACAUGUCCUAUAACCCUGCAGAGAAUGCUGUCCUCCUUUGUACGAGAGCCAGUAACCUGGAGAAUAGCACCUAUGACCUGUACACCAUUCCAAAGGAUGCCGAUUCCCAGAAUCCUGAUGCUCCUGAAGGGAAGCGCUCAUCCGGACUGACAGCGGUCUGGGUUGCUCGGAACCGCUUUGCUGUUUUGGACCGGAUGCACUCGAUUCUGAUCAAGAACCUGAAAAACGAGAUCACCAAGAAGGUUCAAGUUCCCAACUGUGAUGAGAUCUUCUAUGCCGGCACCGGGAACCUGCUGCUAAGGGAUGCUGACUCCAUCACCCUCUUUGAUGUGCAGCAGAAACGGACUCUGGCCUCCGUCAAAAUCUCAAAGGUGAAAUACGUCAUCUGGUCAUCUGACAUGUCCCAUGUGGCUCUCCUGGCAAAGCACGCCAUCAUGAUUUGCAAUAGGAAGCUGGAGUCGCUCUGCAACAUCCAUGAGAACAUCCGGGUCAAGAGUGGCGCUUGGGAUGAGAGCGGGGUUUUCAUCUACACCACCAGCAACCACAUCAAAUAUGCUGUGACCACUGGCGAUCAUGGCAUCAUCCGCACUCUGGACUUGCCCAUCUACGUGACACGGGUGAAGGGGAACAAUGUCUACUGCCUGGACCGUGAGUGCCGCCCCCGGGUGCUGACCAUCGAUCCAACCGAGUUCAAGUUCAAGCUGGCUCUAAUCAACCGGAAAUAUGAUGAGGUGCUCCACAUGGUGCGUAACGCCAAGCUGGUUGGCCAGUCCAUUAUCGCCUACCUCCAGAAGAAGGGCUACCCUGAAGUUGCCCUACACUUCGUGAAGGAUGAGAAGACCCGGUUCAGUCUGGCUCUUGAGUGUGGCAACAUUGAGAUUGCCCUGGAGGCAGCCAAGGCCUUGGAUGACAAGAACUGCUGGGAGAAACUGGGAGAGGUGGCCUUGCUCCAGGGGAACCACCAGAUCGUGGAGAUGUGCUACCAGCGCACCAAAAACUUUGACAAGCUCUCCUUCCUCUACCUGAUCACAGGCAACCUGGAGAAGCUGCGGAAGAUGAUGAAGAUUGCUGAGAUCCGUAAGGACAUGAGUGGCCACUACCAGAACGCCUUGUACCUGGGAGAUGUGGCUGAGAGAGUGAGGAUCCUGAAGAACUGCGGGCAGAAGUCCCUGGCCUACCUCACAGCUGCUACUCAUGGCUUGGAGGAGGAAGCCCAGAGCUUGAAAGAGACCUUUGACCCAGAAAAGGAAACAAUUCCAGAUAUUGACCCCAACGCCCAGUUGCUCCAGCCGCCGCCUCCCAUCAUGCCUCUGGACACCAACUGGCCCCUGCUGACGGUCUCCAAAGGCUUCUUUGAAGGCACAAUCGCCAGCAAAGGCAAAGGAGGCGCCUUGGCAGCUGACAUCGACAUUGACACCGUGGGCACCGAAGGCUGGGGGGAAGAUGCCGACCUGCAGCUGGAUGAAGAUGGUUUUGUGGAUGCUGGGGAAGGCUUUGGGGAUGAAGCCCUGGCCAAAGGCCCAGAGGAAGGAGGCGGAUGGGAGAUCGAAGAGGACCUUGACCUCCCGCCUGAGCUGGAUGUCCCUGCUGGUCCCACCGGGGAGGCAGAAGACGGCUUUUUUGUACCACCCACCAAAGGCACCAGUCCUGCCCAGGUCUGGUGUAACAAUUCCCAGUUGCCCGUCGACCAUAUCCUGGCCGGAUCUUUUGAGACAGCCAUGAGGCUCCUUCAUGACCAGGUGGGAGUAGUCACCUUCGCCCCCUACAAGCAGCUCUUCCUGCAGACUUAUGCCCGGGGACGGACGACCUACCAGGCCCUGCCCAGUCUCCCCGCCAUGUAUGGAUACCCCCAUCGCAACUGGAAGGAUGCUGGCUUGAAAAACGCCCUGCCGGCUGUUGGCUUGAAGCUGAACGACCUGAUCCAGCGGCUGCAGCUGUGCUACCAACUGACCACCGCCGGAAAGUUUGAGGAAGCGGUGGAGAAGUUCCGCUCCAUCCUCUUGAGCGUUCCUCUGCUGGUGGUGGACAACAAGCAGGAGAUCGCAGAGGCUCAGCAGCUGAUUGCCAUCUGCCGGGAGUACAUUGUGGGGCUCUCAAUGGAGAUUGAGAGGAAGAGGCUGCCCAAAGACACCCUGGAAGAGCAGAAGCGCAUCUGCGAGAUGGCCGCCUACUUCACCCACUCCAACCUGCAGCCUGUCCACAUGAUCCUGGUCCUUCGAACAGCCCUCAACCUCUUCUUCAAGCUCAAGAACUUCAAGACAGCCGCCACCUUCGCUCGACGCCUUUUGGAACUGGGGCCCAAACCUGAAGUGGCUCAGCAGACCCGUAAGAUCCUCACCGCCUGCGAAAAGAACCCCACAGACGCCUAUCAACUGAACUACGACAUGCACAACCCGUUUGAUAUCUGUGCCGCCUCCUACCGGCCCAUCUACCGGGGGAAGCCGGUGGAGAAGUGUCCACUGAGCGGAGCCUGCUAUUGCCCUGAGUUCCGGGGCCAGAUCUGCAGAGUCACCACCGUGACAGAGAUUGGCAAGGACGUCAUCGGCUUGAGGAUCAGCCCCUUGCAGUUCCGCUGAGUGAGCGCUGGGAUCAAGAAGCUUUCUUUCUGGGUGGAUUCCCAUCUGCCUUCGACUUCUUCUUUCUUCCCCCAUUUUUCAUUCCAUUUUAUUUUUUUGACCCUGCUCCCUUUGAACCAUCAGCCUCUCUUCCACUAACAACCAGUUCCUGUCCUUCAUACUGGACAUUCAGAGGGAAACCUAAGCCUUGGUGGUCUGAGACCCCCACUUGUUGCUCACUCCACAAAAAGCAAGUGGUGUUUGGUCUCUGCGCUUCCCUUUGUCAGGGUUGCGGGGCUCCCAUAACUUUCCAGUACCUCAGUCCAGCUUUGUUGGUCGUCUUGAUGGGCAUUGGGAGUGCAAAAGGCUGGAAGAAGCUGCAGGAAGGAUGCGCGAGGAGAGCGGAGUUAUGAAAAGAAGCAUUUGGGGUUGAAUUUCUCACACAGUGCUGGAGUAAAAACAUUGAAGAGGCUCACACAUACUUCUCCAUGUCUGCUCUUUGUCGAAACUUAAUAAAGUGAAGUUACUUAA